AUUUAAUUUAAUUUAGUUUUUUGGAGGGAGUCUUGGCAUUUGGGGACCUCAUGAUCUUCAGCUUCUGCAAGCUGAGCGCGGUUUUUUGGCUUUUCGGAAUCGUGGGUACUUAAGUACAAUUUUCUUCUUCGGUUUUCUCGGCAAAGUUCUUGUGCGAUUCUAGGGAUUUUCCUGCUUUGUUAGUACUCGAUUACGACUGCGAGGCAUAAUCAAUACACAAAUUUAAACUGACGCUGGUUUCAAAGUUGGUCCAAUGCCUUCUGUUAAUACUUCAGAGUGGAAGGAAAAGGCUGGUGGUUUCUUUUCUUCAUCAGGAGUAAAGCUGAAACAAGCUGGACAAUCAGCUGGAACUUUCGUUGGGGGAGUUGCAAAGGAUGCAAAAGGAAAUGCUGCUGACGUGGUUGAACGAGUUGGUUCUGUAGUCAAGAGCGGAUUGGCUACUACUGGCACAUUCUUGAGGAAAGGCAUGUCAGAGACAAAGGAGAAAGUUGUCGUGGGGAAAGAUAAAGUUGAAGAGUUUGUAAAAAAGACUGCACAAAAGUACAAUACAAUUUUGACAGUUGAACGAAGGCAGAAGGAGGUUGCCAGUACUGAUGUAUUUGGAGUUCCAAUUGAGGUAACCGUACAAAGACAACAGUCAAGCAGGAUCAUUCCACAUAUUUUGGUCAGAUGUGCUGAAUAUCUCGACUCGUCAGGGCUAAACUCACCAUGGCUAUUUAAGUCUGACGGAGAUAAAAGGGUUCUUCAGCAGUUGGUGUCAAUGUAUAAUCAAGAUGCCAAUGCCCCAGUACCUGAAGGUACAAAUCCAGUUGAUAUAGCAGCUCUAGCUAAAUGUUACCUGGCCAGUUUUCCUGAGCCACUAGUCACACUUAAGCUUUACAAUGAGAUCAGGAGUGCACGUACAAGCAUUACUGACCUGCGAAACAUUUUAAAGAAACUUCCUAAUGUGAACUACAUGACCUUAGAGUUUAUGACUGCACUAUUUCUCCGCAUUAGCCAAACAGCACUGCUUUAUAAGAUGGAUGCUCGUAGCCUCGCUAUGGAGAUGACUCCUAUAAUAAUGUGGCAAACGGACAGGCGGCCAGAAUUCUAUCGGGAAUAUUGGGAUUAUCAUUCUGAAAAUUCUUCUGCAAAGUCCUCGAAUAAUACAUCACCUACUUACAGUGCAUGGGACAUGCUUUCAGAAGAGAGUGAUGAUACAGAUGCUUCCUCAGACAUUCCCUUGGAUGAUGCCUUGCCAGUUGACUAUAGUGCCAUCGAGGUCAUUCAGUGCCUCAUAGAACAUCAUAAGGAAAUUUUUACUGAUGCCAAUUAAACAAUUUGGAGAUAAAUCAGCAGCAGUUAUUUCCUCGGGCGACCUUUAUUCUUGGAUGAAUUUUGAUACAAGUCUAUCUCUAGCGACAGGUCUAUAUCUGAGAGUUAUUUUCUUAGUUCGAUUGGCCAGGUUGGUAAAUUAAACUUAAAAUUUGUUCGGAUAUGGACAGCUAGCACAGUGAAAGAAACUACAGUGUGAUGCAUAAAAUGGAGCGCGUUUAGUUGUAAUAACCUUCCAGGAUUUACUAGUUGAUCUGAAGUUAGAUAUCAGUUGUACAUACAACUAAUACUGCUGUUAUAUUUAGCGUGUGAAUAAUAAUUCUAUUUACAAUAUGCCAGUUGGACAUAGUUCGUUCUUCUUCGUAUAAUAUUUGGGCCACCCAACUUAGUAUUACUCUCA